UUCUUUUUAUUUCCUUUUUAGUUUUAGGGAAACAAUUACUGAUUUUCUCAAUUACUAUAUGAAGCCAGUAGAGCCUAUGAUUCCAGAAAAUCUGAUUGUGUCCAAUGGAUGUACAUCUUUAAUUGAUACUUUGGCAUAUACACUUGCCGAUGAAGGGGAGGGUCUGUUGGUUCCCUCUCCUUUUUAUGGAUCAUUUUUGUUGGACCUGCGAAUCAGAUGCCGAGUGGUGCCAUUUCCAGUGGAACUCUCUAGUAAGCCUGGUCCAGGGGAAACACAACCAUUCGAACUGUCUGUCCCAAGGCUGGAAUCUGCUUUAAAGAAGGCAACAGAACAGGGAGUUAAAAUCCGUGGUUUGUUAUUGUGUAACCCUAACAACCCAUUAGGAAUCAUCUAUUCUGAAGAUGUCUUGCAAGGAUGCCUGCAAUUUGCUGCAAGGUAAGAAUUAUACUAUACGUUUCCUGAGGGGAUUAUCAACAUGGCAACGAGUGAAAACACAUUAGCAUUUGAUUUGCUGAAAGAGAAGUUUGAAGAAAAAGAGUCACAUGCCAUACUUCAAGAACACACGCAAUAUGCUCCUUGUGAGGGAUUAGACAGUUACAUUUCCUUUCAUUUCUUUUUAUAUAGCAUUCCAAACAAGGACAUGAUCCAUGUAAUCUGGGGCUUCAGUAAGGAUUUUGGUGUUUCUGGCUUUCGAUGCGGUGUUCUUUACACGUGGAACAAAGAUGUGUUCAAUGUCAUCUCAUCAGGGUAUUCACGAUUCCAUGACGUGCCGACACCAGCUCAGAUUCUCUUGGGAAAUCUCAUCAAAGAUAAAGAGUGGCUAGACAAUACUUUUAUUCCAGCCAAUCAAAAGCGGCUUCGAAACGCUCACAAGAUGGCCUGUGAUGCUCUUCAAGAAGUCGGUAUUUCAGUCCUUCCCGGGGAAUGUGGCCUUUUCAUCUGGGUUGACUUCAGAGAGCUCGUCCCAACGUGCACGUUUGACGAAGAAAUGCAGCUGUUUGAAAGCAUGAUGGCUAAUGGCGUGUUCAUAUUUCCUGGGUCGUACUUUUGCUGUCCAGAGCCUGGCUGGUUUAGAAUUAUAUUUGCCAUGGAAACAGACGUUCUUCAGAUAGGGCUAGAAAGAAUUCAGGAAACUGUCAAACAAGUCCGUGCCGAUAUUGCAGCCAAGCCGAAGGGAAGAGGGACUACAACGGAUCGUACAGGCGAGAAGCUUGCCCAGAUUGAAGUCGGUGCUGGCAAUGCACAAAAAGCUGGAGACGAAAAUCUUGAAGACUUAGUUCGCACUCUACACCGGCAGAUUCAGGACAGUGACUGGCUAAAGGAAAAUACUGCUGAAAAAUGGAUGGCAGAUAAUCCUGAACUAGCUAAGGAAUUUUUUAAGCAAGACACCGAGAAAUAAUAAUGAUUGUAAUUAUAUUUUCAUACAAGAGUAUAACAAAACCGGUUUUCUAUUCAAUUGUGUAGCCAACUUGAAUUCUCAAGGAAGGAGCGAGUGUUCUUUCUUCCAAUUGUAGAUCAUGUAGGAGAUUUUCAGCCUUCCCUAAAUGUUCUAUCAGUUGUUGAUUCAAGUAUUGAUGAAUGAAACCGAAAGGUCAGAAUCAAAGUUCUCUUUACUUUUAUCACAUAUUUUAUAUAACUUUACCUAAGAGAGUUUGAGUCUUGGGUCAAAUUGUUUUCUCGAGAUGAUCAAUUCUGUCACUCUUAUCUUUGUUUCAAAACGGUCAAAGAGAAGUUUAGUUAUUGGGCGUGAAUUAAAGGAUUUCAUUAAGUUGUCAAGAAAGAAGGACUUGCAUAUCGUAAAGUAAAAAAAAAUCCAAAGGUCAGUCUUGAAAAAUAGGGAAUAAAUCAAAAUCUCGAUAGAAGCGACCCUCGCCACAGGAAGCUCUCACGUCGGUUUACAAAAUGAUAAAAAAUAAACUACCCAAUUGUGACGGCCAUUUUGAAUUUUAUCGCGGAACCAAGAAUUCUUCGAACAGCUGACCGUGUAUUUAAAAUUCAAAAUGGUCGCCACGAGCUUGAUCGAUAAAGUUUUUCUGAUCGGAUGUAAGGGUACAGGACGCUCAAGCAAGACUUUGCUAGAUCCAUCAUUAAAACAGCGGCCCUUGGUUAACAUUUGGGGAUUACAAUGCACUGUCACUCUCUGAUGUCAGAUUUUGAUUUGCAACCCGCUCGGACACUUGGCGUGAAACAGCUGUAUUGACCUCGUAGUAGCCAAUGAGUGUGCGUACUGUUGGAUCGAGAAAAAUUUACGGCCGAGUAUAAACGAAAGCCUCCACUUGGCGCGAAAAUAUAUAGAGGAUAUUACACGGUGGCGAGAAGAUAUGAAUUUUAUGUUCGUGUUC